AUUUGAAUUGUGUAGAGGGAAGACAGGACACUGCUGAAGAAGGCUUCAUGGACUAGAGGUAGGUGUAGAGUUGAACUCAACUUCCUAAAAAAUGGACUCUAAAACUGUGAGACCAUUUGUGAUACUCCUUCUGGUUUAUUUACUCUUUAUGAGUAACUUUGGCCUUGUCAGAGGGUUUUCACUCAGAAGUUGUUAUCUCUUUGAAUAUUCGGUCGAUUGCACCCAGAACCAACUGACACAGGUCCCCACAGACAUCCCUCCAAGUGUGACAAGCAUUAACCUGAGCAACAACAACAUUUCAAUGAUACAACUUUUAAACUUUACACAUUUCCCAAAUUUGACAAAACUUGAUCUGAAUCAGAACUCCAUUUCAAACAUUGGUAAACGCACAUUUUCUCAGUUAAUUUCCCUUAAAUGGCUGAUAUUGAGCAACAAUACCCUUCUCAAACUUGAGGAUAAUGUGUUUGAUGGCUUGCCCAAACUCACAGAGUUAAGGGUUAACUUUAAUCAAAUUGAUUGGGUGGCACCAAAUGCCUUCAGAUCCCUGAACAGCCUUACACUUCUCGACCUGUCCAAUAAUAGACUCUGCACCAUUGCCCAGCUCCGUUUAGCCAUACGGCACAUGCCACAGUUAAGGAAACUGAUGAUUAGAAACAAUGGGAUAACAACUUUAAGGUCCCAAGAUUUAACAAAUACCUCAACAAGUCUUUAUGCCCUUGAUGUGGCAGAAAAUCCACUUAUCAAGUUUGAGGUAACAACAGCUGCCUUCUCAAACCUGAAAAGGUUGAUCAUUGGUUAUCGCACAGUUAAGUCAAACCUGUCGUGGACUGUGCAAAACAACACCCUGAUGGGCCGUGUGGACUCUCUGGACAUUAGUGGAGUUGAACUGGCAUCUAUCGAUGAAUGGAGAAAACUAUUUACAACUUUUCAUUCUUCUUUAGUUAUUUUACAGAUAAACUCAAUGCAAAGCAGACUUAGUGCCUUGAUAAACAUAUCGUGCUCCAUGCCAAAACUAACAAGCCUACAAAUACGGAAAACCAAACACUUUUCUAUCAAGUCAAAUAUAUUCCAAAUGUGUAAGAAUGUCCGUAAAAUACAGCUGGAGGAAAACAAUAUCAAACAAAUUGAAAAUGGCUCCUUUGCUUUUUUGCAUUAUCUGAAGGAAGUCAGCCUCAGCAACAACAGGCUCCCAAGUGUCCCAGUUGCAACUAGAAAUCUACAUCGUCUUCAGAAUCUCAUGCUCUCGUUUAACCAAAUCACAAAACUUGGAUGUCAGGACUUUUCUGGAUUGACAAACCUCAAAGAGCUGGAUCUUCAUGGCAACCAUAUUGCAGCACUGAGUAAUUGUUCCUUUGUUGCUUUGUUGCAUUUGGAAGUUUUGAAACUACAAGAAAAUUCAAUAUCGGAGUUGGGCACUGCUUUCCAAAACAGUUUACCAAAUCUUAAGGUCCUCUACAUCAAUGUGAACAAACUCACUGUCAUCCCUAAAAAUGCAUUCACUGGUUUGCGUUCACUUAUAAAACUGUCAUUAGCCACAAAUCAGAUUAAAACUCUAGAGGAGGGCUGCUUUUCUGGUCUGACAAGUUUAAUCGAAUUACAAUUACAUGAAAAUAGCCUAAAAAAAGAGGUCUUUUACAAUGCUCCCUUUAAAUAUUUGAUAAAUCUAAGAAAACUUAAUAUGCAAAAAAAUCAUAUUAAAUAUGGAGACAGUUCUGCUUUAAAGGAGCCUCCGUUUAUAAACCUGUCACGUUUAGAGACUUUAAUAUUUUCAGUCCAGCACUCUACCGGGCGGGCCUUUUUCCCUUCAAACUUCCUUCAGGGUCUAACUAAUCUCUUAGAUUUCUAUUGCAAUAAUAUUCAACUUCUUAACUUAACUGAUGAUUUUUACACCCACACACCUCAUCUCAUCUCCUUGGACUUUGGUGCAAAUGAUCUCGGUGACUUGUCUCCAAAUCUGUUCACUCCCAUCCCAAAUCUCACUCAACUCAGAGUUACAAGCACUAACCUUCACUCUUUAGACUUUCUGAUCAAUGCCAACCUGACAAACCUUAAGAUUCUCUUGGCAAGAAAGAACCGAUUCUCUGUGAUCAGUGAAGAUAUCAUCAAAUCCUUACCAAAUCUGACCAGCUUUGAUGUGAAAGGAAACAGCUUCACAUGUGACUGUGACAACUCAUGGUUUGUGCAGUGGAUUGUAAACAACAAACAAACUCAAGUGGCAGGUGCUCAGAAAUUCACAUGCAACUACCCAUUAGAAAGUAAAGGCUCCAGACUGUUGGAUUUCAAUGUACAGUCCUGCCUUGUGGACGUAGGCUUUUUUUUUUUCAUAUCCAGCUCAAGUCUCAUUAUUGUGUCCCUGGUGGCCUCAUUCACCUACCAUUUCAGCAGAUUUCAGCUGACCUACGCCUACUACAUCUUCUUGGCCUGGAUGUUUGAUUCUAAAAACAGGCAGAAGCGAGCGGCAUGCCAAUAUGACGCCUUUGUCUCGUACAAUGCCAAAGAUGAGGCCUGGGUCUAUAGAGAACUGGUGCCACAUUUGGAGCAAGAGCAAGGCUGGAAACUCUGCCUGUAUCACAGAGACUUCCUCCCAGGGAAACUCAUCGUGGAGAACAUCACUGAUGCCAUUUAUGGAAGCAGGAAAACCAUCUGUGUGAUCAGCCGCAGAUAUCUACAGAGUGAGUGGUGCUCCAAAGAGAUGCAGCUGGCCAGCUUCCGUUUGUUUGAUGAGCGUGAGGAUGUUCUGAUCCUCGUGUUUCUGGAGGACAUCCCUGCGUCUCACCUGUCUCCUUAUUACCGCAUGAAGAGGCUGCUGAAGGGACGCUCAUACCUUAGCUGGGCCCGCGCUGCAGACAACCCACAGCUGUUCUGGGAGAAACUACGACAAGCCUUAAGGUCCACAAACACAGCAGAAGAAGACAGGCUACGACUCACAGUCAAUCAGAUGCACGGAGGCAGUGUUAAUCUUAAUGAUUAAAAUUUUUCACUUGUCCUACCCAGGGGAAUUUUUAUAGAUGUCGGUUUGAAGACUUUACCAUUCAAAAGAUAGAAUAUUUUCUUCUGAAUUGUUGAUUGGUAAUGGCAACAGUGCUAAUUUUUCAUCUCUGCAAAAUGCAUGGAUAGGGUUGUAUGUAGUUGUAGGGUUUUUUGGAAUCACUUUGGCAGAAAAAGGCCCCCAAUUACUUUCUGUAGAUUUAAACGGGAAAAAAAAAAAACCCAACAUAAUUACACUGUUCUUUUAAAUUUGUUAAAAUCAGAAAAAUGUAAUAAAGACAGUUGAAAGCCCACAGCGGGUUUCUUCACUAAAUUAAGUACUUACAAGUAGUAAAAAUAUGUACAACCCCAUUACUCCCUCAAUUUUCUUUGACAACCUUCAAACCAAUGUGCAAUAUUGUAUUUUGUCUUGUAUUAUAAAAUAAAAAUCAACGGAUGUUUAAAUUCUUGAUAACUUCAGUGACUAUUUGAUAAAGCAACAUGACAGAUGUAUAAUUUCACAUGAACAAUAAAUAGUAAAAGUAAAUACCAUUAUGGAACCAUUAUUGCAACGCCUAGGAAGUUCCAGAGUAUGGCAUUAAAUUAUCUUCAGUAAGAAUACAUGUUUUGCAAAGUACUUUUGAGUAUGCUAAUGAAAACAUGUAAAACAAUAAAUACAAAAUAGAUA